UAUCGCCACGUGUCUCUCCACUGGCACAUCGUCAUCGAAAGAACGCAUCGUUUAUGGAAGAAAUGACCGUGAAUUCGGAUAAAUCUGAUGUCAGCCUCCUAAAAGGCAUGCGUUUAUCUGUACAAACGCUCGAUAGAUGACGCCACUUAACCGUUGACGAAGUGUUUUGUCUUUUUUUUUUUCAUUUAACUGCGGCCGCACGGUAAACAGCUGGGUUGCCGCACGGAGAGACCGUGCCGUGAGGAUAGGUGGUGGCGACGAAUUUACCGAGUUUUUUAAAUUUUUUUUAUAAGAUACAUCUCCGAUUUGACUCCAAUGUAUACUGUCUCCAAAGCACCUCACCACGUCUUCUCCAAGUCACGAAUAAUAGGGGCUCCGCCGAAAUUGGCCAAUACAGAAACGGCCGCCAACCACCGUAAAGUGACCACGACGAACGGAUUUCACCAUAACGGCGAUGCCGAGGAAAUCAGGGGACCACGACCAGUUUUUUAUCAGACAAACAGCCGGCGGCUUCACUCGCCGUCGUCUCAUCGGCAACAGGAGCCCGUAACGCCGCAGCACGAGGAGCUAGCCCAGUACCUUGGUGAUUCGUGGAACAUGGUUCGCCGAGAGUAUGAGCAUGCAACACAGCAGACACAAAACUCCGCUGCACAGGUCGUCUACAAGAAAGUGCAGCCGUCUCGAACACCUGACUUCGAGCCGUGCAACUUCGAGAGGAUCUGGGCGGAGCACCACUAUUGGAGCAUAGUGCAGUCCGCCUGAUUUGGCACGCCACCACCAGCCGCCGCUGUUGCUGUACUGCCGCCCGCGGCGCCACCUUCCUGAUAUUUUUUUUUUCGUUUCUUUCGGGGACGCACCACGUGACCGGUGACCUUACGCCGCCGUGCAGCUACAGCCGCAUCACGCCACACGUACUUUUUUUCGCAAGUCAUGGUCGUACACCAUUCUUGCGCCAACGUUCGUGGCAGCUCUGUAAUAUACAUUAGGUAUAAAUAAAUUGUUACAGCGGAAUUUCUAGGAA